UCAGCGCCGUGUGUUCUUUUGCGUCACAUUUCCAAACAAACAAGCACUAGCAACUAAUCACCACCAUUAAAAUUCGAAUCUCAUUCGCUAGUCUUUGACUUGCGUGAAUAUUAAUCUUUCUUCUCGGAAAAACUAUCUAUUUCCUCCCAUUCAUUGCACCACCACCAACUGAAGAAAAGAAAAACACAAUGGGCAAAGAAAACGAUGUCGUUUCAUCAACACCGGAGCAAGGAUUCAAGCUAGUUGGCUUCUCCAAUUUCGUUCGGGCAAACCCAAAAUCCGACCGUUUUAAAGUGAAACGAUUUCAUCACGUGGAGUUCUGGUGCACAGAUGCUACAAACACGGCACGUCGUUUCUCAUGGGGACUCGGUAUGCCAAUCGUCGCUAAGUCAGACCUUUCAACCGGGAACGUCACACACGCUUCUUAUCUGCUCCGCUCCGGCGAUCUCAAUUUCCUCUUCACGGCUCCUUACUCUCCUUCAAUCGCCGCCAUGGAGAACUUAUCCCACACUGCCACCGCAUCCAUUCCUACUUUCUCUCACGAGACUUGCCGCUACUUCUCAGCCAAACACGGCCUAGCUGUUAGAGCAAUCGCAAUCGAAGUAGAAGACGCUGAAAUAGCUUUUCGCACAAGCGCAUCUCACGGCGCUAAGCCCUCAGCUGAACCUAUACUCCUCGAUAAUCGCGCUGUCAUCGCUGAAGUUCAUUUAUACGGCGACGUGGUUUUGCGUUACAUCAGUUACAAAAAUGAAGGCUCCAACUUCGAGUUUCUACCGAGAUUUGAGCCAGUAGAUGAAGCGACGUCGUUUCCUGUAGAUUACGGGAUCAGAAGAUUAGAUCAUGCGGUCGGAAACGUACCGGAAUUAGCGCCGGUGGUUUCGUAUGUGAAACAGUUCACUGGAUUUCAUGAAUUUGCUGAGUUUACAACGGAGGAUGUGGGGACCUCUGAGAGCGGGUUAAACUCUGUCGUUUUGGCGAAUAAUGAAGAAACGGUGUUGAUACCGAUGAAUGAGCCGGUGUUUGGGACUAAAAGGAAGAGUCAAAUACAGACGUAUUUGGAGCAUAAUGAAGGUGCUGGAGUGCAGCAUUUGGCGCUUGCGAGUGAAGAUAUAUUUAGGACUUUGAGAGAAAUGAGAAAGAGGAGUGGUGUUGGGGGUUUUGAGUUUAUGCCGUCUCCGCCUCCCACAUAUUAUAAGAAUUUGAAAAAUAGGGCUGGUGAUGUUCUGAGUGAUGAGCAGAUUAAAGAGUGUGAAGAGUUGGGGAUUUUGGUUGAUAGAGAUGAUCAAGGCACUUUGCUCCAGAUUUUCACCAAGCCUGUUGGCGAUAGACCGACUAUUUUUAUAGAGAUAAUUCAGAGAGUAGGCUGCAUGCUCAAGGAUGACGCAGGGAAAGAAUAUCAGAAAGGUGGAUGCGGAGGAUUUGGGAAAGGCAACUUUUCAGAGCUGUUUAAGUCCAUUGAAGAAUUUGAAAAGACUCUUGAAGCUAGACGAGUUACAGAGGCAGCUUCAGCAUAAACAUGUUCCUUUCAGUGCAAUGCUUUCUGCUGUGUCAUUUCCAAUAUUAUGAAGAUAAAAUAAUGCCAUAUGCAUAAAAUAAGUUAACUUUGUGGCUUUUGCCUGUGACAAAAUUUGCUACGUGAUGAAAAUGAUUUGCACAUGUAGGGGCAAUCUUAAGUUAUUUAUACAUCGUUGAACGACAUAUCUAUUUGAGGAGGUUUACCUGCUCCAAUAAGAAACUAUUUGUAUAUAUAUGCAUAUAUUCUUGUU